AGACAUUUCAACAGACUACUACUUACUUGCACGACUAGCUGUGUUACUUUACAUUUGUCCCCCGGGGUACGUACUUUGGACUUGUAAAAACUUCCCGAAUAAUAGAAAUAUAAAUCACACAAUGGCCUCUUUGUACAAAUGUGCCUCUGCCCUUGGUAGGACUUUUGUGUCAAGGACAGUGGUUAGUUUAUCGACGCGCUCAAAGUACUUUCCGUCAUCAGCUGGACAUUUUCGAUGUUUGUCGUCUGCAGCCUCCAAUUAUGAGAAUAUCAUCGUUGAGAAGAAAGGAGAGAAUCAGAAUGUUGGCUUGAUCCAGUUGAAUCGGCCCAAGGCCUUGAACGCUCUGUGUGAUGCAUUGAUGACCGAAGUGUCGGAUGCUCUCAAGACAUUUGAAGCAGACAAGGAUAUUGCCUGUAUCAUCUUGACAGGAUCACCUAAGGCAUUCGCUGCUGGAGCAGACAUUAAAGAGAUGCAGGGAUUGUCAUUCCAGAAAGUUUACAGCGGCAACUUCCUUGGAGACUGGGACCAUGUGAGCAGGACCAGAAAGCCUGUCAUUGCAGUUGUGAAUGGUUACGCUCUUGGUGGGGGCUGUGAGCUGGCCAUGAUGUGUGAUAUUAUCUAUGCUGGAGAAAAAGCCCGAUUUGGUCAACCAGAAAUCUUGCUAGGAACAAUCCCAGGUGCAGGAGGUACUCAGAGACUUACCAAAGCUAUCGGUAAAUCCAAGGCAAUGGAGAUGGUUCUCACUGGAGACCCUAUCACCGGUCAAGAAGCCAAAGAAAUGGGACUUGUGAGCAAGGUGUAUCCUGCCGAGGAGGUUCUUGACAAGGCCAUCGAGUUGGCCGAGAAAAUUGGCAGAAACUCCAAACUGACGGUUGCCAUGGGGAAGGAAGCAGUCAACUCUGCAUAUGAACUCUCCCUGCAUGAAGGCCUCAAAAACGAGAAGAAAAUCUUCUACUCCACUUUUGCAACUGAUGAUCGCAAGGAGGGCAUGUCAGCAUUUGUCGAGAAGAGGAAAGCAAACUUCACAGACAGCUAAGUGAUGCGUAGCUACUGGUAUGCAGGGUAUUUUAUAAAUAAUCACUAUCUUGAAAUUUGUUGGAAACUGUUGAAAUUGUAAUGAUUUUGAUAAUGAUCUUAUAUCUUACAAUUUUGUAAAUUUUACGGCAGAGACAGUGUGUGGCAAAGCCCAUUUGGAAUAACGUACAAAAGUUAUUUUGAAUAGUAAAAGCUACAUCUUUGGUUUUUUUUCAAUUCUUUGAGGAUUUUGUGUUUUCUAUUGUGCCAAAGUUGUAUUCAAUCAAAAUCUGGAUUUUUUUUCUGCAUGAAGAAUUAAUUUUAAAUCACAUCUGUCUUUUCCAUGUAAAGUAAACAUCUUUUUGUUUCUAGUGAUUUCAUAUGAAUUUAACACUUCUCAAUUGAUACAAAUUAUGCUUUGAGAAAUGAUUUAUUCAUGUAACUGACACUAACUACAGGUUCUUUAUACAGUAAGAUUACAUUAACUGAACUGAUUUACUUAUUUCACAAUUAUUGUAUUCUUAAAUACAAUAAAAGCUACUAGAAAGAACAGUGCUAUAUUAAUCAUUUUGCUUAAACUCAACACUGACUAUUUUUCAUGAUUCUGCAAUCAACUGGUCUCACCAGAGUCUACUUUUCAUUUUUUCGUCAUAUUUGGCAUGGAUCUUAUAUUCUGUUCAUUGCCAUGUAUAAUUUAUAAAUACUUUGCAAGCUUUACAAAAUGUGCUACAUUAGAUGUUCAACAACCUGUACAUAAACUGCUAGACACAGGCACUAUAUUUACAAAGUGGUUCAUCAUUCCGUCUUAAAAUAUGUCCUUCAAAUUGUUUUGUCUAAAGUGUGCUGGUUAAGGUAACCAACAAAAUGCCCUAAAUCUGCACAAAUAAACACCAGGAUUUACUUGAUUCAAAG